CCUUGCGAGAAUGAUGAACUAGAAAGAGAUUGUUUUUGUAGAGAGUUGAAAAAUUGUGGGAUAGUUUGUGACUUUAACUUGAUACAGAUUGUGCUUACUAUCAACCUACAUGACCUGGCUGAGAUUCAGUUUCUGGCCAUGUAAAUGUAAUGACUAAAUGCUAUUGAAUUUUAAUGGCACAUCGUCAAACAGCCUGAUCCCCCAGGAUUAGGAAGCCCCACAGACUAUUUCUUUAGGCAAAUGAGUAAUACGCUGCAGUCCAAUAUAACUGUCAUUUUAACAAAGACCAUAAAAGAUGCCAAGUAAAAUGCUUCUGAGAGCAAUUCUGAACAGUUUACAAUAAAGAAGGCUACCCUGCACAACAGCAGCAGUGCACACUGCAGGUUUUAUAGGCUGUAGAAACUCACAUAUGAAAUGUAAUUGAUUUAUUGACUGUACCAUUUUGAGUUGUUCUGCAUAGAAUUAGAUUAGGGGGGCCAGGCUUAUUAAGGCAUUAUUUCAGUGAACCAAUAGUGUUCUUAAGGGGGUAAAGUAAUUGUUAGCAGCUGCUUUUAAUCUAAUAUGUAGCUAAGUGGUCAAAGGCUAAUCACAGUCGCUGUAUAUCAAUGCUCUAGUGACACAGACUCAGUGUGCUUUGUAAUUUAUAAGCGUGACUACAAUAGCCUCCCCCAGGAGCUUGUGUGUCCAGCCAUGUUUCAUGUCUCUUUGUCCUUUUUAAACAAUGGAAGGGUAAUGACUUCCCAGGGCUUCAAGUGGAUUAGACAAUGUACAUCAGGAAAAAAUGAAAAAUAAUGGCCAGCAUCUUUAUAUCCUUCAAAUCACAGCAUGAGAGAUGGAGGGAUGAGAGUGGCUGUGCUGUACAGUAUGAGGCCAUUUUCAAUGGAGGCUGGAGAGGCAGAGGACUUUUUGUCAUUUGUCAAAAGAAACAUGACUGAAAAAGCCAAGUUUGAUCCUUUUGGCAUCAUUUAUAAAGGAAGUGGCAUCAUCAAAGUUUUCAGAACGCCGUGGUAUGACAAGUGUAUAAAGAAGGGAGGUGGAUCUGUGGCAGCCCUCAGUGUACCUGAAAACAGCUGGCAAGUUAUCAUUAGCCUCCAUUUGCACGGACACAGACAAGGACUUCUAUUUUUCAAGGUUUUUUAUUAUUAUUUAUUUUUCUCUCACAAUCAUCACAUUCUCAUACAGAACCUAGAAUGUGGAAUGUAUUUCAGUUUCUCACCUCUGGAUUAUUGGCUGUUAUCAGUCCAGAUGCAUCUCAAGUUGAGUAUCGUUCUUGCAGCUAUGCUGGUGUGUUUCAUGUGCGGGUCAGUUCCAAUUACUCGCUGACCUCUCAGCAGGCGGAUGAGCUGUGUCAGAGCCUGUACAGCAGCCUCGCCACCGAGGACCAGAUCAGAGAGGCCUAUAGCAAAGGGCUGGAUACGUGCAGGUAUGGAUGGAUUAAUGACGAGAGAAUGUUAAUGCUACAACAUGAACUUCAGCCAGACUGCCCUUCCAAUGGAACAGGGGUGAUGUUUCUUGCAGACACACCAGAGUCUCUCUCUGAUGCCUACUGCUAUGAUGCCUCAGUUACAUUAGAUUUGGAUUGUGAAGAAGCCAUGGCUCCUCAAUCUGUAACUCCACCAGACACACAGACAACUGAAGAGUCUACUGCAGCAGUAACAUCUAAUCCUGGUCCUACUGACAGUGUAAUUGAAAAGGCCACUACAGAUUCUUCAGAAGGGGACGGCCUUGAGACCAAAAACCCAACUGUACAGACAGACACAGAAACAACCCCUGAUGCAAUAGAGCCAAUUCCUGAGGUCCAGACUCCCACAGGUGAUCCUGAGGAUAACAAGGAGGACACCACAACGCCUUCCAAAUUAAUCCCCACUGAUGCUGAUGAGGUAAUGGAGGCCAUUGGGGUACCUGUUGAGCCAACCACUGAAGAACCCACGACCGUAACCAAGGAGGGAAAAGAAGAGGCUGGGGAUGCAACAACUGAGGCCAACUCAGAGGACAGUGAUGGUACUGACGCUGCUGUGGGCACUGACGCUGCUACCACUGACGCUGCUACCACCAGUCUUGACGACACCACUACAAAUAGUGACCUGGAACUUCCUGUAUCUGAGGAUGUAGAUGAUUCGUUUCUACUGGUGAAUGGUACAAAGUCAGCAGACAUCUCCACCACCACGGCCCCUGCUGGAACUUUGGAGCCAUCUGAAGUGAACCCCUCCAAGCAAGAUGAAGAUGAAGCCCUUGCACUCUCAACCGUUAGUCCAGUGGAGGGCACCACGGCCGAUACUGACACAUUUACAACUUCUGAGUCUGAAGAUACCAAUCCAGACAGCAAGGAAGACAGCACCACUGUAGUGUCCCCCGAUGAUGUGCCAGAGACCACCACAGAGACUCCUGCUGACCCAGAUGAUGUGCCAGAGACCACCACAGAGACUCCUGCUGACCCAGAUGUUGACUUGAAGGAGGAAAUUCCAAAUGGAAAUAACAUCAGCUAUGGUCUUCCUUCUCCAAGAGGUCGGAUGGGACCAAAGGACAUUGAGUCAUUCACUGCACCAAACCCAGCAGCUCAAGAGGAGGGUGGCACCCCUGCCUGGCUGAUAAUCUUCUCAUUUGUCAUGUCCGUUGGAGUCUUGCUCUGUGUGUUUGCUGCUGUUGGCACCAGGGAAAGCUGGUAUGGACCGCUACGUCAGAAAGUCAGAGGCAAGGACAGCAGUGAGGAAACUGAGAAAAAAGCAGCAGUGUCUUUGUCUACGGACCAGCAACAGGAAAUGGUGACGCUCAUGAACAGAGGUCCAGUCCAGACGAACGGCAGGGCAGAAGAGUUCACUGUGAUUGCCCUGGAGGAGCCCCCAGAGAAAGAGUUCUUGGCAUGAGAAGGGAUCCACAGGGGCUGGGACAGACAGACAGACAGACAGACAGACAGACAGACAGACGCGCGCACACACACACACACACAAACACACACACACACACACACACACACACAGACACACACACACAGACAUGCUAAUGGAGCAAAGACAACAAGUGAACAGUGAAGUACGAUGUCAUCAAACCCAGUAACUGUAGAAAUGUGCACAUGAGUAACAGUUCUGGAAAUCCCUUCCUUGUUGUGCAGCGGGGCAUCAUCUUACAUGUGCAUAUUUCAAUAUUAGUGGUCAAAAUGUCAAGUUCAAUUACUAUUUAUGUUUCAGAAUCGAUCAAAUGGAAAUAUGAUUAUGAAUGAAUAACAUUAAAUGUUACAGUGAAUUGUUAAAUGUUUGAAUCACCUUAUAAUCUCUUAAUAUUCAAGAUUCAAGCAAAAUCACAAGGGUUUCCAUGCAGAAGUAUUGAUAAAUGCUUGAUGAUAUUGUAUUGAUGAUAAGUAUUGAUAAAUGCACAUGAUGGCAGAGGUUCUCAAUCCUGUUGCCGGGACAACCCUACUCAGCACAUUUUCAUCUUUCCCUGCUUUGCUUACCCUACCGGAGGCCUCUUCAUUAGCUCAACACAGUUGCAAUCACGGUGCAUAUAAGGGUUGCCAUAGCAGGGACAGAUGGAAGAUAUACAGGGUAUGGGCAUGGAAAACCCUGCAUUAUUAGUUAUGUUCAUACCUAAUAUCUUUUCUGUGCUGUCAUCAGGACAUGCCUUCAGGAAUCUUCGGUCACUGUGCAUACAGUAUGUAAAGCCAUACUAAUGUUUCUCUUUAUUUAACAAAUUAUUUGUCUAACUGUGUAUUUGUUUUAAUUUAUAGUAUACAACAUAAGAUGCACUGAACUUGAGAAGAGAUUUUUGACAGUAAAUGUUUGUUUCAUA